AUGAUUCUACUAUAUUUUGUUGUUUCAUUCAUUUUAACAAUAAACUGUCAAUUUUUGAAUGAUCAAACGAAUUCUGUAUAUCUUACUCCAAAUAAUUGCUCAAGCAUUAGCUACUUCGAUGCAACGCAAAUGAGUUGUGUUGAAUGUGGCUUACAUCAAGUAGCGAACAUUGAAAAAACAAAAUGUGUUUGUGAAAAAGGAUUUCAAUCUACAGAGGUUUCUAAACAAGGAAUAACAUGCCAACCAUGUCCAGACGGAUAUCAUUGUGAACCUUGUACAGAAAGUUUUUGUUUCUGUGAGUCGCAUGAGAUAUUUGAAAUUAUUGACGAUGGAUUGUUCCAAUGCAAAUCCUGUCCAAAUGGCACUUUUCCAAAUUCGGAUCAGAGCAUAUGUCAUGCCUGCGACGACAUGUCGUGCACGUGCUCCAAUGAGCCCGAAAAGUGCCCAACUGUUUACUCUUCGCAGAAGUAUUCUGCCAUCAUUCAGGAUCAAAACAGAAUAAUGGAGAAAUCAAGUUUUUUGGAUGAAAAUAUGGGUAAAGCCGUGCUGAAUUGCGAGAAUGGUUCAAAAAGGGGUUGCCAGAUGGUUGCUAAUUUUUGUGUUCUACAAAACUUUGAAAGACAAGAGGGCACUGCAUGUGCUGCGCUUGAGCAACUGCAAAAGACCUUGAGCAUUUGGCCUUAUACUAAUUUUCCUUUGUAUUUCCCCGGUGACGCAGAGUCUGAGCUGAAUAAGGAAUACAUCCAGCAAUUGUACGUGAUGAAUGAGCAGCAUGAGCAAGGACGUUUAGAUUUUGCUUUAGCGAUAUAUGACAUUGAAGGGAACUUCGUGGAAAUGGAAAAUCCGGCCGAGAGUUUUCAUUUAUGCACCGAUAGCUUGAAGUCAUCUGAUUCAAUAGCAUUUGGAAGGAGAUAUCUGAAGCAAUGUCUUGUUAGUUAUAAAAACAAAUUGAAACAACGGAGCGGAUACUUCUACGAGCCUUAUAUUGUUUACAAAUCGACGGAUGGAACUAAGCUUAAGUAUAAUAUUCCGAUACUUAAUAGGAAUCUGCGCUCCAACGGACAACAACCGAAUUUAAACAAUAACAUGGACAAAUGGAUAUUAACAAAACGAUUCUAUCUUCUUGAUGAUUACACUUUGCUGAACUACAAUAGUUCAACGAUUAACUUAAGAUACGCUUCCGAUAUUGUUUUACAUGUUCCUAUUCGAGUUUCUCGGGACGGUCAUAUCAACAAUCCGUAUAUGGAAAUAAUCUACCAGGAUGUUCGAAGUGUUGAUGUCAAUGUAAUGGUUAGAGCUUCAUUCCAAGUAGUUUAUGAAAUUGACCCAACACGUCAUGACAAAGACGUCGAAAUAACCAUGGCAGUGAUUGCUCCUAUUUCUAUCUUGUGGGCUGCUCUACGGGGGUAUAGUUGGGGACGAAGAAAUGGAAAACAACUAUUAUCUGAUGCGUCUACAAUUGUUAAUUUCCUCUUAUUUUCUGCUGCAAUUCUUAGUGAUGUAUUUUUGCUGCUCACGGCUAUAAUAGCCAUUUGGAUUACAGUUUCAUAUAAGAUGCAAACAUACAUGUUCUACGUACUUAUCAACGAGGGACAGGAAACCAACAUCGCGAGAUAUUUGAUAACUGCACUGGUACUAAAGUUCGUAACUCUGAUUCAUCGGCAUAUAGUUUUGUCUAAUCAACAAACUUUCUUCAUUGAUUGGGAGAAGCCAAAAAUUGAUCAGGUUGCAAACAAGCUUACUCCUCCAUCAUUCGAUAUAACGAGAAAUAGUAGAGAACAAUCUGUCGUUGUUUGGAGGACCUAUCUAGUUGCCAACGAAUGGAAUGAGCUACAGAACUACCGGAAAACUUCACUCUCAUUCCAACUGAUAUGUUUGAUGUUUUGUAUGGAAUAUUUAGGUUGGAGCAACUUUGCUCUAGCUGAAUCUGGCUUCUCGACAGAAGCUAGUGUUCCUGAAGUUCAGUCUACUUUCUUAACACGCUAUGCCACCCUCAUAUCGGUUUACGGGAUCAUAUUGUUAUUUCAAUGGAUUAUCCAGGUUACUAUCAUAGAACGACUCAUUCUGGAUCCAUUUCAUAACUUCAUAGAUUUAUGUUCUAUUUCGAAUAUUAGUGUUCUCACGUUAACAGAUUCUUUGUUCGGUUAUUACAUCCAUGGGAGGUCGGUGCAUGGUACUGCUGAUACCGGUAUGGCAGAUAUGAACAACUUUCUUCAGAAAGAACGAGACAAUUUGUGCGGGAAUAGAGGUCUCGAAGCAGGAUCUGACCUACAAACUUUCUUGGUGAGCUUGCCUCCGAAUUUUCGGAAAAAGUAUGAUGAAAUCAUGCUUUCUGUGAAUGCGAAUCAAGCAGCAGCUCGCAUAAAUGGAGUUGACGUCGCGACAGCCAAGAUGGCUAAUACUGUCAGAGUUCAUCAGCAAAUGACAGUUUUUCUACAAGAACUCGUUGAUCAUUCCUUGACUGAUUUGGAUUACGUUAUCAGGAAUCGUACUUUCGUCGAAUAUUUGUUUGAUGUUGAUAUUGGAGAUACUUCGCAGACAGGCAAUCUUAUCAGGGAGACAUCAGAAAUUGCUUUCUCCAGGUGUUUCCUAUAUGGCAACGAAUGGGUUAAUCAAUCUUUCGAAGCAGCACUAACAUGUGUCCUAAAUCUGUAUUUCAACAACUUGAAAGUCUCGUGUGCUAUCACAUUCGUACUUUCGAACACUAUAAGGACGUUGUUCGCAUGGAUCAAUACAAACAAUCUCGUAAAAACGUCUUUAAUUGACAAAAGAUUUUUAAUCUGA